GCAGCCAAGCAAGGAAACGCUGCAGCACAAAGUAAUCUAGGCUACAUGUACUACCAUGGCAAAGGAGUCCUCAGUGCCUAUCCGAAAGCCAGAGGUUGGUAUCUCAGGGCAGCCGCUCACGGCAUCACCACCGCUCAGAAUAACGUAGGCUAUAUAUACUCUCUCGGAAAAGGAGUUGCACAUGAUUAUCUUAAAGCUGUUGAAUGGUAUCAAAAAGCAGCCAACCAAGGAGAUGCCACCGCUCAAAGUAACCUAGGUUACAUGUACCUUGUGGGAAAAGGGGCUCCACAAGAUUAUUCAAAAGCCAUCGACUGCUACCUCAAGGCAGCCAACCAAGGAAAUUCCGCUGCUCGGACUAACCUAGGCUAUAUGUACGAACACGGCAAAGGGUAUCCACAGGACUACUCGAAAGCUAUCGAGUGGUAUCUCAAGGCAGCUGAUCAAGGAAAUGCCACCGCACAGACUAAUCUAGGCAACAUGUACCAUCAUGGUAGAGGAGUUUCACAGAACUAUCCGAAAGCCUUUGAUUGGUAUCUCAAGGCAGCAGAGCAAGGAUAUGCUGAUGCUCAGUUCUUUGUCGGCUCUAUGUACCGAGAUGGAAAGGGCAUCCCUAAAGACCAUGAUAAAGCAAAACAACAAUAG